AUGACUGACGGACGUCAUGUGAUCGAACAGUGGAAGCAGCACUACAACGAACACCACAAUGAUGCGGAGAGCGCAGAUAUGGAGGUUCAAGCCAACGCCAACGAGAGAAAUGACUACGUCACUAUUGAGUAUUGUCCCGUCAAAUUUUGGUAUAAUCCAUUCCGUUUUUGUAUUUCGUUGAUUCGUUACCAAGCCAUUUUCGUGACAGACUAUAGUUUAAUCCACCUCAAAUCAAAUCUGCUAUGUUCUUCUGAAUUCACAGAUUUCGACUCGCGGUACUUCUGGAACUGGACCGACUUCCAGUCCUAUCUGGACUUUAUGCUGGUGGUGUGGGUGGUCGGUGCGGCCAUCACCUACCUAAUGCUGUCCGUGACUUGGUUCAUGGAAACCGUGGGCUUCCUAGCCGUUUUUACCGAAGCAAUGUUGGGUGCACCGCAAUUUCUUAGAAACUAUAGGAACAAAUCGACGCACGGUAUGAGUAUCUGCAUGGUGAUCAUGUGGACCGCCGGUGAUAUGUUCAAGACUGGUUACUUUAUCUUAAGGAAUGCACCGACGCAGUUCUGGAUCUGUGGCACGCUGCAGGUGAGUUAGAAUUAUUAGUGCUAACUGUGAAAACUGUUGCUUUAUGCAGCUCAGUGAGAAAGAUUUAAAAAUGGGACUGAUAUCGCAACUUUCCGGGUAAAUACCAGAGGAGGACUGUUUUAUGAAUUAGUUAGUAUAAAAAAGCUAUUG